AUGUCUGUGGGUACUGCGACCGGGCUCGCAAUCACGAAUCCGUUGGUGAAGUAUAGAGCCCUCGUUGCCACAAAGGCCAUCAGUCCUGAUCCUUCUCAACAUCGCCUGGCACUUCACUUGGCAAAGCUGUACGAACGAUUGAAGGACUACGAGCCAGAACUGGAAUACAGCCAUCGCCUUGACAAGAUCUCAAGAGCCAUCAAUCGACAGCAGCCCAGUCGAAAGAAUGCCGACGAUACAUCAGCAGCACCUCCACGACAGAGUGCGUGGCGAAGAUGGCUGUCCGCGCGUGAGAGGCAAGAUACACUUGCUCUUACCAGGAAGCUGACCUCCCACGAAUCUGCCCUCCAGAUGAACUCACCCAAAGGCUUGAUGCUCCACGGCGAAGUGGGUACUGGCAAGAGCAUGCUCAUCGAUUUGUUUGCGGACUGCCUCCCUAAUCGAAAGAAGCGGAGAAGUCACUUCAACACUUUCAUGCUGGAGACGUUCGCGAAGCUGGAAGCAUUACGUGCAGAACGAUCGGCGGCUGGUACUUCGCGACUACCUUCGCACCUCGCUUUUGCAGAGGAUGAUUACUCCUUAUUGUGGUUGGCGAAAGACAUGAUUCAGACAUCUCCAAUCCUCUUCCUUGAUGAGUUCCAGAUGCCAGACAGAGUAGCGAGCAAGAUCUUAACGAAUCUAAUGACUGGCUUCUUUCAGCUUGGUGGAGUAUUGAUCGCAACAAGUAAUCGGAUGCCCGAAGAGUUGGCAAAAGCAGCAGGUCUGGGAACGUUUGAGGCGCCUCCGCAAAGGAGUUUUGGCUGGCAAAUGGGACUGGGCGGACGACGUAGUCAAGGUGGUGGUAUGUAUGGAGGAUACAAUGAGUUUGUGGCAUUCUUGGACGUGCUGAAAGCAAGGUGCGAGGUCUGGGAAACGGAAGGCGGCAAAGACUGGCGAAGAGUGGAGAGCAGCAGUGUCGCGCCCGUGAAGGAAAUCGAUGAGCAGAGCCUGGCUGACAGCGCGGUUGUGCUCGAGGAGCUAGACAUCGAGGUCGAAAUCGACGAACAAGAACAGGCGCCGCAGCAGACUGCCACUGUGCCGAAGCAUUACAAUGUCCCAGGCAACCCACAUGACGGAAGGAACCCACUAGACGUUGCACUGAUCGCAGCAACCAACGGCGAAAGUGUCGAUGAGAUUACGUGGACUCCAGCGACGAUCAAGGUAUAUGGGAGAAAGGUCAGUGUGCCGCGAGCAUAUCAGGGAGUCUGUAUGUGGACGUUCGAUGAGCUUUGCAAAGCAAACUUCGGGCCUGCCGAUUACAUUACGUUGGCAUCGACGUUUCACACCAUGAUCUUGACAGAAGUACCGGUCCUCAACUGGCUUAUGAAGAACGAAGCGAGACGACUCAUCACAGUUUUGGACGCACUCUACGAAUGCCGCUGCAAGCUCUUUGUCAGUGCAGCAGCAGGCCCGGACGACAUCUUCUUCCCAGAAGAACAAAAGAAGAAAAGCGAGGGUGAAGAAAGCGACAGUGUAUAUUCCGAAACAUUAUCUGAAGUCUACCAAGAUGCGACUGCUCCCUUCCGACCGAACAUCUUGACACAAAAUCCAAAUUACGCCGAACCCGAACUUGAACCAGAUUACACUCAUGCCCGCCUGUCGGGGCUCCUCCGCGCAGAUUCUCUUGAAGAUGGUACACCAAACGGCAUGGCCAAAGUUGUAGAUCGUGGAGCAAAAGGUGGAUCGUCCAGCAACCCUUUUGGUCGCUCCUUUGGCAAGACAGACCAAGAAUUCGAACGCAAGCCAGUGGAUCCUGAUGAAGUUCGCUACACGCAACGUCCGGACUUCCAGAAGACCUCGGCCUUCACUGGUGAAGAUGAGCGCUUCGCAUACAAACGUGCCCAAAGCCGGCUAUGGGAGAUGUGUAGCCAGCGCUGGUGGGCUCGUGACGAAGCCGACUGGCAUAGACCUCUGCCGAAGGAGAUCAGGCGCUGGGAGAGCUUUGGUGAAGAAGUCGUUGCACCCCAUUAUGCCGUUGCAGGCUCUGCUGCUGAUACUGAGAUUCGCAUGACUGGUGAGGUUGAGGAUAAGAGCCGAGAUGAGAGGAGCUUCAAGCAGUAUACUUUGUCGCCGGAGAUGAGAGACGGGCAGACUCCAGAGGCCAGGGUACCGCCGAAAUCUCAGCCGGAAAGAGAGCCGCCGAAGAAGAUAGGAUGGACGCAUUUCUGGGGUACCAUCAAAUGGCCUGGUGGUAGUGGUGGUCUUGCUGGUGCUUGGGGCCAGGGUCCUGAUGGGUUAAAGGAUCGUGGUAGCGAGAAGCGCUGA